AUGAACACUCUGUUGCGCAACAUGCGUGCACAGAUUCUGUCCUUGACAACUCAGCUCGACAAAAUUCAGGCUGCCCCAGCAGCUGGACACAUGGUUGAGUGGAAGUUCAACAAGAAAGUCAAGAUCCUAUCACGACUAAAGGGACCUGUAGCAGGUCAAUACGCCCAAGUUAGACUCCAGGAAUGUUACACGGUGGGUGUGUGGCCAACCUGGGACAAUCUCAAAGUAGAGAUUGAAAAAUACUUCAAACCGCAAGCUGAGCGUGACUGGGCGCGUCAGCAAAUCCGUUCCUUCAAACAAGGAAAUAUGAGGAGGGAUGAUUAUGUUACCCGGUUCCUGGCCCUCUCCAUCCAAGGAGGGCUUGGAAAUGAACACGCAGUAAAACUGCUGGAACACAAUGUGAACCCUCGCAUUGCAGAACAGAUUUAUCUGCAAGAUACGAGAAACCAGAAUUUGGCCCUGGUGACUGAGGAAGUACAACGAGUUGGUAGAGCCAUGGAGCUCUACGCUAUGCACCAAGGUGGCGGGUCCACCUUUCCAGUCCCUGAUUGCUCUCAGCAAAGGAGCCCUGGAUCAUCAAACCAAAAACAACAUCACUCUCAUGGGUUCCAACCAUUCGGGUUGCAACCGGGUGCUCCAAUGGAUAUUGGCGCGAACCAAAGUGGACAAAAGCACAGAUUCACCUGCUUCAGCUGUGGGCAGGAGGGGCACAUGGCCCAAGAUUGUACAAACAGAGCACGGGCUGCUCAACAAAAAAAUAAUAACCAAGGGCGCCAGGCGCACCAACUAGAAACUGAAAAACCGGACAAUCAGCUCCAGACUCUGGCCGGUCAUUCAUACGACGACAUCUGGGCUUUUUUCUAUGACCAAGAGGUCAAUGAAAUGAAAGCUCAGGGAAAAGAGUUUGGAGCUUAG